AUAUAACCUGGCAUUUCACAGAAAACUGGUCACUUAACUGGCCCAGAGUGCAACGUAGUGUGAAGCUGGAUGGUGCAGCUUAUAGCCUGUGGAGAUAAGUGAUCAGUGAUCCUUCAUUCUGAGCGUCAAGGCGGCUCUCUCUGCGCUCGCAGCUUGCUCCUUUCUGUCCUCUCUGGUGGUCGCUCACUCUACUUUCUACAUUUAUUUUCUGUGGUUCUUCGCCCUCUCUGCCCGUAAUAUCUUUCCUUCAACCAUGCCUCCGACCCUGGCCACAGCGUUUGCCAGGCGCUGGUGGAUGGCAGUGACUGCAAUCAUUGAGAAUCUGCUCUUCUCCGCUGUGCUGCUGGGAUGGGGUUCGCUCCUCAUCAUGCUCAAGUCAGAAGGCUUCUACUCUUACCUUUGCAACGAGGAGGGCAACAGCUCCAGCUACAAUCUGUCCCAACCCCUGGUAACGCAGACACCCGAUGAGUAUGAGUACUAUGAAAGCGAGGGUGCCGUGGUUGGUCUGGGAGACGGAGUGGAGAUGAAGCCCCUGGUCCCUAUGGAUGGCAUCCUGAGGAUGAACGGCUGGCUUAUUUGUAAAGAACAGGAUGAGAUGCUGAACUUGGCGUUCACAGUGGGUUCCUUCCUGCUCUCAGCCAUCACCCUGCCGCUCGGGAUCGUCAUGGAUAAAUAUGGGCCUCGCAAGCUACGACUGCUGGGCAGCACUUGCUUUGGAUUGUCCUGUCUACUAAUUGCUUAUGGAGCCUACAAUCCAAAUGAACUUUCUGUCCUUAUCUUCAUUGCCCUGACUUUCAAUGGCUUUGGGGGCAUGUGCAUGACCUUCACCUCUCUCACACUCCCUAACAUGUUUGGGGACCUCCGUUCCACCUUCAUCGCCCUGAUGAUCGGCUCAUAUGCCUCCUCCGCUGUCACCUUCCCUGGUGUCAAGGUGAUCUAUGACCUUGGGAUAACUUUCAUCACUAUUCUAGUGGUGUGGGCUGCCUGUGCUGGACUGGUCUUCUUGAACUGCUUCUUCAACUGGCCUCUGGAACCGUUUCCUGGACCAGAGGACAUGGACUACACCAUAAAGAUCAAGUUCAAUUGGCUGGGCUUUGACCAUAAAAUCACAGGGAAGCAGUUCUACCACCAAGUGACCACUGUGGGCCGUCGUCUGAGUGUGGGCAACAUUCCACAGAAGGAGCUGGCCAUUAAGGACGGGAACAAGCUCUGCCUCUCCACCACGGACCUGGAAAUUGACUGCAAGCCGCAAGAAGAGUCCCAGUCAUUCUUGAAAACCAUCACCAGCACGAUGUUCCUGCUCAGUCUGGUGACCAUGUCCGUCACUCAACUUCGUCUCUUGUUCUACAUGGGGGCCAUGAAUAGCGUCCUGGAGUCGCUCAGUGAUGGAGACCUCAACAAAGUGAGUCUGUACUCCUCCAUCUUCGGCAUGCUGCAGUUGCUGUGCCUGAUGACCACUCCCGUGAUUGGUCAGAUCAUGGACUGGAAGCUGAAAGAGUGUGAUGAUGGUGAGGAGGAAAAGGAACCCUGUAGCAAGGGGGAGAAAAAGAAAAAGCGCAGAGACAAAAAGACCCAGAAGGUGACCAAUGCCUUGCGAGCGUUCAUCCUCACAAACGUCCUUCUAGUAGGAUUUGGGAUCACCAGCCUGGUGCCCAAUCUCCCCCUGCAGAUUGUGUCAUUUGUCUUACAUACUGUGGUGAGAGGAUUCAUUCACUCUGCUGUCGGCGGCCUCUAUGCUGCUGUGUAUCCCUCCUCCCAGUUUGGCAGUCUAACAGGCAUGCAGUCUCUGGUCAGCGCUGUGUUUGCUCUACUGCAGCAACCCCUAUUUUUGGCCAUGAUGGGACCCCUGGAGGGCGACCCACUCUGGGUCAAUGUUGGACUCCUUGUUCUCAGUAUGCUCGGCUUUUUGUUGCCGCUCUACCUGAUCUGCUACAGACGGACGCUCUACAGAGAGCAACAGCAGAGGGAGGACAACGCUAAGAUCUACAUCAAAAUCAACGGCUCCGACAUCCCAGAGGCCUAUGUCUAGAGAAAAGUAAAUGCAGAGGAAUGGAAAACAGAGGAUAAAGAAAGAUUUUUUUUACUGAGAAACACUGGCUAAACAGUAAUAUGUGCACAUAUACACGUACAAAAAGACAUUUGAAAUCUUGACUAUUUAGAACAUCACAUUUAACAUACUGGAUAUAGACAUACAUUUUUAUUCGUCUCCAUCGAGUACACACACAGACAAACAGGCAGCCACUUACAUUUUUCAAAAUCCCACCAAGAUAAACUGAUGCUGCAGUUGUCACCGAAGCAAAUCCAUAUGAUGGGCGCUGAGGAGGAAAGUGAAACAUGGAGGGGGAAAGAAGAACAAGAGAGAGGAAAGACUGUGAAAGGAAAGAGGCAUCAGCCCUCUGCAUUCCCCCAAAUCCUCUGACUUCUCUUUAUAUUCCCUCCUCUCUGAGUGGCACAUUAGUGCAGCUGCAUUCCACAUAAGACUGCUUUAGUAUUUCCCCAUAUAAGCAGAAAAGGGAAUAAAUGUCUCCCUCACAACCCACCUCACCAUUAUAAAGUGAGUGAUUCCAUGAUUUUGUUUUGUUUUUUGUUUAAUAUGUUGACUUUGAAUCAUCCUGUAGUUGUAGAUUGCGUAACAUGGUGCUACCUAUCCAUUCAUCAGAUGGAUUUUUUGAUAGAUGGCGUAAGGUAAGUAUGGACUAAAUGGCAUUAAUGAGCGACAGGGAGAAGAGCUUUUCUGCUGAUGUUUCUUGAGUGAGUAGAAAGGACAGUCAUUGUGAUUAAUUAUAGGACUGGAUUUUUUUUUCUUUUUUAAUGAGGUUAACAUCUUAUUACAGUAUGAAUCUACUGUAGCUUAGAAUACACUGUAGUAUUGGAUGAAUGUCAAUGUUUUUUGGGGGGCUGUAUUCUGUAAGAGGGACAUCAAACAAACCGUUAUUCUUUGCUAACAGCAAAAUGUGCAUAUAUAUUUAGACUAUUUAUUUAAUUUCCUGCCUUCUUUAGUUUUCUUUCUAUACUAUACUGCCUUUUGAAUAUACCUCCACAUAAAAGAAAAGAUUUGUUAAUUGGGCGGCAUGUUCUAUUGAACCUUUUUGUCCAUGUCAGUGAUAAUAGUCUCCCUUUUUUUAUAAAUACCCAUUUAUACAUCAAGGUUUUUUAACAUUUCAGUAUACUUAAUGUUCUCAAUUAAGUGUAUCCGUAAAAUCAACAUCAUUCAGAUGCCUUAGCUUAAAGUCAGUUCAGUUCAGUCUGUCUAUCUACUGUCAAGAGAAGGUCAGCACUUUAAACCCUGUCAACCACAAACAUUGGCUACUGUCAGCACUUUUCUCCUGAUGGCUCUCUAGAGAAAUAGUCCCUCUUUAAUUCUGAGCUCCUCCUCCCUUCAUACAUGUAUUUAUUUUAUUUGAAAUUCACUUUUCCAUAAUAAGUUUCAUGAUGUAUUUAAAUUGCGCUGUGCUGGCAACUACUCAUUUGUCUGACCGUUCACUGUGUUGUUCGCGUAGAGCUCUUUCUUCUAUCACUGAAGAUAAUGUAGAGAUGUGUUGUUGUGCAGGCAUUCCUGUUUAAAUAUUGAAGGAUUCCUGGGGGUUUAAUAAAGAUGAGUUGCUCUUUAAAUGGU